AUGUCCCACAGGAAGUUCGAAAGGCCGCGCCACGGUUCUCUGGGCUUCUGCCCCCGGAAGCGCUGCCGCCGCCAUAGGGGAAAAGUAAAGGCAUUCCCCAAAGAUGACCCUUCGAAGCCUCCCCACCUCACUGCUUUCAUGGGCUACAAGGCCGGCAUGACGCACAUUGUCCGCGAGGUGGAGCGUCCUGGUUCAAAGCUGCACAAAAAAGAGGUUGUAGAGGCGGUCACAAUUGUGGAGUCGCCUCCAAUGGUCUGCGUCGGCUUGGUUGGCUACAUUGAGACUCCCCAGGGCCUACGUGCAUUAUCGACUGUCUGGGCUGGACACUUGAGCGAAGAGUGCCGGCGUCGGUUCUACAAGAACUGGUACAAGAGCAAAAAGAAGGCAUUCACUCGUUACUCGAAAAAAUACGCUGAGAAUAACAAGAUGCAGGCUGAAAUCGACUCCAUAAAGCAGCAUUGUGCGGUUAUUAGGGCGAUCUGCCACACACAGCCUAGCAAGACUCCCACAGGACUCAGAAAGGCGCACAUCAUGGAGAUCCAGGUCAAUGGUGGUACUGUUGCAGAGAAGGUUGAUUUCGUGACCAAGAUGUUCGAAUCACCAGUGCCGAUAAGCGCCGUGUUCGAGCAAGAUGAAAUGCUGGACGUGAUUGGUGUGACAAAGGGCCACGGGGUGAAGGGCGUGGUUUCUCGUUUCGGUGUGACCCGCCUACCUCGCAAGACCCAUCGUGGCUUGCGUAAGGUUGCAUGCAUUGGAGCCUGGCACCCUGCCAGAGUGCAGUUCCAAGUGCCGCGUCACGGUCAAAAGGGCUACUUCCACCGCACGGAGAUGAACAAGAAAGUGUAUCGCAUUGGCAGCGGCAGCGAUCCUCGCAAUGGCUCCACCGACGCUGAUCUCACCGAGAAGCGUAUCACGCCGAUGGGUGGUUUCCCUCAUUAUGGAGAGGUCAGGAGCGAUUUCAUCAUGAUCAAGGGCUGCAUCGUGGGCUGCAAGAAGAGACCUAUAACAAUGCGCAAGACCCUCGUACCGCGUACUUCUCGCAGGGCUCUGGAAAAUAUUCACCUGAAAUUCAUCGAUACCUCCUCAAAGUGGGGCCAUGGCCGCUUCCAGACUUCCGACGAGAAAGCCAAGUUCUAUGGACCUACGAAGCGCACGGCAGCAAUUUAA